GUGGUUUUCGUUGGGAAACAUGUUUUUGAUUUGAUUUUAUGUUAGUUUAAGUAGUUUGUCAUUAAUGAAUAAACUGAUAUACGUAAACAAGAAAUAAUGUCAAAGUUGUGCAACUUAUUUUUGUAACAGUAUUUUUUGUUUGUAUAAAUGUAAAAUAUUAUUAACUCUGGCAACAUCUUCAGUGCUGACUUGCCCGCCCUUUCAAGGCCUUUGAGUGAUGUGUUGAAAUGAUGAAAUACUGUUGCCAUAGUUAAGUCUGUUUAUGAUCUGUGUUAUGCAAAAACACUAUAUUGUCAACACUGGCUGUUUAAAAUAAAUGUUUAUAAAAGCCUGAACUUAUAGUUUUCAGAUAAAAAUAUGGCCAGUGUGAACUACCUUGCAAAAACAUGUGCUUGUUGCUCCCUGUUAGGAAAAGGUCAUAAUAUUAUAUCAAAAGUAUUAUUUAGUAAAUUAACACAUCCAGUAUUACAACAUAAUAAAGCUUUAAGUUCCACACGUCUGAUAAAGAAUGACUUUCUGCAAGUAAAAUCAUCUCUGCAGACACGGUUUUCCACAAGUUCACAGCGAAAUAUCCCACCCAUUUUAUGGCUCUUUGUUAAACCUAUUGCCAAGGUUUCAGCAGCAUUAACAGGAAGACGUGUGCGAAAAUGGUGGCAGAGUUUACCAAAAGACAAAAAGAUGCACUUCAAGACGCGUAUGACACAGAACUGGCCCAUAUUCGCCUUGGCCGGUGGAGGUCUAGUUGUCACUGGUUUCGUGUAUUAUGAGUUACACGUUCAGGAGACACCAGUCACAGGCAGGAAGAGGUUCAUUGCGGUUACACACAAUCAGCUCAUCAAAAUAGCAUCUGUUGAAGCUCAAUCACACUUGGAUAAGUUCGAAGGUUCUCUCAUUCCAAUUGACAAACCUGUUUGGAAACGAGUCGAAAGGGUAGCAAACCGCAUCAUAGAAUCCAAUCCAAUUAUUAAAUCGAUGGAUGUGAAGAACUGGAAGCUGACUCUGAUCGAUGAUAAGACAAUUAAUGCCUUUGUUGUUCCAAAUGGUCAUAUUUUUGUAUUUCUUGGUCUGGUUGAGUUUGUUGAUAAUGAUGAUCAACUAGCCUUCGUGUUGGGACACGAGAUGGCACAUGCUUUGCUUUCUCAUGGGGCAGAACAGAUAAGCUAUGCACAGUUUGUGGAUUUCAUUGUUAUUGCUAUUUUGGCUGCAAUCUGGACCAUCAUGCCAACAGAUGGAUUUGCUCUCGUGACGCAGUGGUUUAAUAAUAAAGUCAUGGAGUUGAUGUUGCAUUUGCCAUACAGUAGGAAGUUAGAAAAGGAGGCUGAUAAAGUAGGCUUGGAUUUGGCUGCACGGGCAUGUUAUGAUAUCCGGGGUAGCAGUGUCUUCUGGCAGAAAAUGGAGAUUCGUGAACAAUACAUAGAUGACAAUGAAGCUGUGCCCGAGUGGCUUUCCACUCACCCAGCCAGUGGUAAUAGAGUCAAAUUCCUGGACUACCUCAUUCCACAGGCAUUGGUGGUGCGAGAGGGAUGCAAAUGUUUCCGACUUCCCGCCCACGAUCCACGAGAUCACUACAAAAGCCUGGAGCAGGAACUACAGAACACCACCAUCGCACGGAGAGCUGGACAGAACCUGCAGAAAGUGCCAGUACUGCCAACUACAGUCUCUUAACAGUGUGGGGUUCAUUUUAGCCUGAGUAAUUUAACAGUUUUAAUAUGAUGGCAAAGUAUUAUGGCCAUUGAUACUUUUAUUAUAGUGGCUGUGCAGAAAAGCUACCAAAAAUGGCCAUUAUGAGUAAGAUGUCCUUCAGGUCAGGUCAGGUCAUAGGUUUUAACGUGCACAUUCAGAAGGUGCAGGUGUUGACUUUUAUCAGCUUCUGUUUUGUUUUCAGCAUUGUUUAUUAUUUACCUUCAUUAAAAAUGUAUCUACUCAAAGGUUGAUCAGUGAUGGUUGGGUGUUUCAUACAUCUCUUUCCCAAUAUCUAGCCAUAUUUUUGGUGGGUAUGAUGGGACAAAUGAUGCAUUGUAAAAUGUGAUUUCAUUGCCAAUUAUAAAGAGAUAAAUGCUGUAACCAUGGAUAUAUUUUAUUAAUGUUAAUUUUUGAAGUGAUUUAUAUAUUAUUACUGUUUUUAGUAUCAAAAUAGCUUAGGUAUAUUUUAUACUGUCUGUUAACAUGUUGUUAGUAUAAUAUAUAAUUAUAUAACCAAAACUUGUUGCCUUUUGCAGUGAGAUAUUUUCAAAAAGAUAUGCUUUUUCAUAUACAUUUUGUACAUAUCUUUGAUUCAAAAUGGAUGUUUUGUUCUUAUGGUGAAAAUAAGCUGCAGGUGUAGUAAAUUAUCUAUUAGACUCAAAUUACUUGUACUCGUUAUCUCCUAUCACCACUGUCUGUUUUACAAGACAAGGUGACCACGUGUAGUUGGUGAGUACCCAUUAAGUGCUCUCCAAGAACACCUGGGUGUAUUAACACCUACUUAUUACUGUAGUAUGUCUAAUGUUUUGUAUUGUUUAAUUAAUAUGUCUAAUGUUUUGUAUUGUUUAAUUAAUCGAACAUGUAAUAUAAUUACACUUGUAUGUAACUAUUCAGUUUACUGCGAAACUUCUAAAAGAUUUUUAUCAACACACAAUUGUUCGAAAUAUAUUGUAUAUUGUUAGAAAUUGUGAUGACUUUGUUGCAUAAUCUAGGGAUUACUGUAAAUCGGUUAAUGUUAGCAAGCAUGAAAUGUUAGCUAGGCCAUACAAGACGAUAAUAUUUCAUGACAUUAAAUUUAAAGAGACAUAAACAGACUGUAGUAAAAAACCUUUGUGCAAUUAUUUUGUCUGUGAUUAACUGAAGGCACAGCAAUGGUGAUAUGCUAUUGAUUAAAACAAAAGGAUAGCAAACAAUAGUUGGUUAGCAUAUACAUUACUGCAACUUUCUACUAAAUUCAAGAUGCCUGUAAGCUGCAUGUCAAAAACAUUAUUUCAGCUGAUCCUACAAAUUAAGCUUAUUCAUUUUUCAGUUUCUGAUAUGAUGACCUCACUAAAGUUCUAUGUUCACUUAUUUAGAUUUUGCAAAAUUUUAAGAUUGCUAACAUAGUAUAAUUUACAGUAUUUUGCCCUUUUUGAACUAUUCAUCUUUAACCAUAUUAAUAACUAAUCAAACAUAAGUCUUUGUCAGUAGAAUUGCCACAGUUUGUUUUGUUUUGUGUUAGCCACCACAGAUAUAUGUAUGAUCACUUCCAUCAUUGGUUAGUUAAAUAUUUACUGUAUCAGUCCAGGCACCAGCGUCUUCUGACCUGGGGCCUAAUUCACUAAACUCCCGCAACUUUGCGAUCUCGCAGUGCAAUGCUAAAAGACUUGCAAAGAGGAUGCUUUGUUGUCUAGCAGAGCCUAAGAGACCUUUGUGAAUGAGACCCCUGGCACACUGUCGUCGAAUUCACACACAUCUGAAUAACACUUCAAACUACAUGUAACAGGCACAGAGGAUUUAAGCUCCGGACAGACGGGUGCUUAUGUUAUACCAUCAUACAUCACUAACCAGAUGUUCCAUACCAAAAUUACCACAAUAUAGUGAUUUUUCAACUGGGUUAUUUCAUGGUCUUCUUGUUUUGCUGUCAUCAUGAUACCUUUCUUUCAUGCAACUUCAUGUGAUUUUGCAUUGUAUUUUGUUGAAUGUUUGUUGAAGGCCUUCAUCUGUUGUUUGACCACAAUGUUGUCACCAAUCUAUAUUCUAGAUUACCUAACUAACCUUCCACCCCCUCCCCCUUCUUUUGGAUGACGACAGAUGAAUAUUUAAUUUUUACACUUUCUACCCAGUGGUAAAGCGCUCGCUUGAUGUGGAUUCGGUUUAGGCUAUUUCUC